UCACAAGUAACAGUCGUUAUGAAGUGUACACACAAGGUGGUAUUAUAUUCGCAACAAGUCGAAUACUUGUGGUUGAUUUCUUGACUGACAGAAUACCUUCAGAUUUAAUAACUGCCUGAUCUCUUUGUGGUCCAGACACUCACAGUCCAACGGCUCAGGAGACUCACUCCCUCACCUCCGCUUUCCGCUUGCACACUCAUCACUGAAUUUAAAACAUAGAUCACCACCUGUGCUGGCUCGUUGUAUGUCCGUGUGACACAAGCUGGAGUCAUUGGAAAGGAGGGAGCCUCAACUGAGAAAAUGCCUCAGCAUCCUCGUGUACAGAGCACACAGGAUCAUCGAGUCCUGCCAAGAAGCCUUCAUCCUGCGUCUCUUCCGCCAGAAGAACAAGCGUGGCUUCAUCAAAGCUUUCACAGACAACGCUGUUGCUUUCGACACUGGUUUUUGUCAUGUGGAAAGAGUGAUGAGGAACCUUUUUGUGAGGAAGCUCUACCUGUGGCCGAGGUUCCAUGUAGCAGUCAACUCGUUCUUAGAACAACACAAGCCUGAAGUCGUAGAGAUUCACGUGUCCAUGACUCCUGCCAUGCUUUCCAUUCAAACAGCCAUACUAGACAUCUUAAAUGCGUGUCUGAAGGAACUGAAAUGCCACAACCCAUCACUAGAAGUGGAAGAUUUGUCGUUAGAAAACGCUCUUGGGAAGCCAUUUGACAAGACAAUCCGCCAUUACUUGGACCCUUUAUGGCACCAGCUUGGAGCCAAGACUAAAUCCUUGGUGCAGGAUCUGAAGAUGCUGAGAACCUUGCUACAGUAUCUCUCUCAGUAUGACUGUGUCACAUUCCUGAAUCUUCUGGACUCUCUGAGAGCAACAGAGAAGGUGUUUGGUCAGAAUUCAGGUUGGCUUUUCCUGGAUGCUAGCACCUCCAUGUUUGUGAAUGCUCGUGCACGAGUUUAUCGAGUUCCAGAUGCCAGACUGAACAAAAAGGCCAAAAUGUCUGAAAAGGUGUCGAGUGCAGAAGGGCAAGAAACAAAAAAGGAACUGGUCCUAGAAAGCAACCCAAAGUGGGAGGCAUUAAGUGAAGUCCUAAAAGAAAUCGAAGCAGAGAAUAAGGAGAGUGAAGCCCUUGGUGGCCCAGGCCAGGUGCUGAUCUGUGCGAGCGAUGAGCGCACAUGCUGCCAGCUGAGGGACUGCCUGACCAUGGGACCAGAGGCCUUCCUGCUGCGGCUGUACAGGAAAACCUUUGAGAAGGACAGCAAAGCCGAAGAAGUGUGGGUGAAUUUUAGGAAGGGGGACGGCCCAAAGAGAACUAUGAAAUCUGACAAGAGACCCAAAGACACUCAAAACAAAGAACGCGCCUCCACCAAAAAAGGGCCCCCCAAAAGGAAGAAGCGAGAGCUGACUCUGACGCAAGUGAUGGGGACUGCUGAGGAGCCACCAGAGGACGGGGCUGCGGAGGAAGGCCCGUACAGACACGCCGCCAGUAGCCCAGGAGGCUGCGGGCAAGAGAUUGAGCAUGAAGCUUUUGAUUUAAAUUUGUCAUCUGAUGCAGCCUAUGGCGUCCUGAAAGAGCCCCUGACCAUCAUCCAUCCGCUUCUGGGGUGCAGCGACCCCUAUGCCCUGACGCGGGUACUGCACGAGGUGGAGCCCAGAUACGUGGUUCUGUACGACGCGGAGCUCACCUUUGUCAGGCAGCUGGAGAUCUACAGGGCCAGCAGGCCAGGGAAACCGCUGAGGGUUUACUUUCUUAUAUAUGGAGGCUCCACGGAAGAACAGCGCUACCUGACGGCUCUGCGCAAAGAAAAGGAGGCAUUUGAAAAGCUCAUUAGAUUUUUCAUACCAGAAAUGUGUGAGGGAAACUGCUUUUUACUCAUAAUGUGCAGCACCAGACGCAUCAUAGAACACUGGUCUAGAAGGGAAGCUCUCCAACCCUGUACCCUCUGCUCAAGAGGCCUUCUUUUUGAAUUACAGGUUUUCCCUCCUUAUAAAAUCUUGCUUGUCUGCAGGGAAAAGGCUAGCAUGGUUGUCCCUGAAGAACGAGAAGGCAGAGAUGAAACCAACCUGGACUUAGCAAGAGGCACAGUGUCCACAGAUGCUCCCACUGACACUCGAAAAGCUGGUGGCCAGGAGCGUAAUGGCACACAGCCCAGUAUUGUGGUGGACAUGCGUGAGUUUCGGAGUGAGCUGCCGUCCCUGAUCCAUCGGAGGGGCAUCGACAUCGAGCCAGUGACGCUGGAGGUGGGUGAUUACAUCCUGACACCCGAGCUGUGCGUGGAACGCAAAAGCGUGAGCGACCUCAUUGGCUCGCUGCACAGCGGCCGCCUGUACAGCCAGUGCCUAGCCAUGUCACGCUACUACCGGCGGCCAGUGCUGCUCAUCGAGUUUGAUGCGGGCAAGCCCUUCUCCCUGGUGCCGCGCGGUGCCUUCUUCCAGGAUAUGAGCAGCAGCGAUGUGAGCUCUAAGCUCACACUCCUCACCCUGCACUUUCCGCGCCUGCGGCUGCUCUGGUGCCCCUCGCCUCAUGCCACGGCCGAGCUGUUCGAGGAGCUGAAGCAGAACAAGCCUCAGCCCGAUGCGGCCAUGGCCAUGGCCAUCACUGCAGACUCGGAAACGCUGCCCGAGUCAGACAAGUAUAACCCCGGGCCCCAAGACUUCGUGCUAAAGAUGCCUGGGAUCAACGCCAAGAACUGUCGCUCCCUGAUGAAUCAAGUGAAGAACAUCGCAGAGUUGGUCUCCCUGUCCCAGGAGCGGCUCACAAGCAUCCUGGGGCAUGCCGGAAACGCCAAGCAGCUGCACGACUUCCUCCACACUGCCUAUGCAGACGUGGUGUCUGGAGGCAGAGUGAGAAAGUGACCGCGUUCAGAUUGCUGUUCAUUAAUCACUGCAUAGCAGUUCAUUCUUCCCCAGGGCUUUUGGGAUGGGCACUCUAUCCCCCACGAUUUCCCCCAGAGCUCUGGGCUGAGAUGUGUCCUUACCUCCCCCUGCUGGUUCUCGCCCCUCUGUGCCCUGCCUAUGCUAGGCUUGCAGUGUUCCAUUUUAAAUAAAGUGUGGCGGGAUUACGCCACGUGAAGCAAGCGGAGCCGAUGUUUGCUGCUCAAGCCAGUAAAAAAUACUCCAUCGUGUUCCUAGCACUGUCUACACACGGUAUGGUAGAACUGAGACAGGGCUGCUGUUCCUAACAUUCUCUCCAGCCAUAUUCAGCUUCUUCACCUCCCACUCACAGGGACAAGCCAGCUCACUGGUCUCCUGGUCAUCACAUAUAUGUACAUGUACUGUGACUUGGUUGUUUAAACCAGUGCUUUGGCAAAAAUUGUUUGUUGACAAGAUUUAAUGAGGUCAUGAAGAACUCCCCAGAAUUCUUGAUUUUCUCAAUGUUUGACCUUCAAAUUCCUACUCUAAGCCCAAAUCACAUCAGAGAGUCUUCAGACCUCCUCCUACCCCACAUGUCACUGACGUCGUCCACACGUCAGUGACGCCAGCGUCAUACCAGAAGCGCACCAUCUCUGCCAUGCCCACACUCCUGCCUGAAUGAGGACCAGACGAGCUCAGAGGAGGUCCAGGUGCUUUCUAGAUGUGGGUUUCCCCGUCACAUUAAACGAUUGUAGAUCAAUGGAAGAUCAGUGCAGAGAAUCCUAAGAAUUCAAAAGAAAUGCAUAGAUGCUUAAGACCCACAAACCAGUCUCAAUGGUUGAUUUAGACUGGCCUUUCUGUCACCACAUCUUCAUGCCGUCUGCAGACCGUGAUACUCGAGUACUAGCUGUUUGGGUGUUCAGUGACAAGCAGUAAGUUUUCUACCUCAAGAGCUGAUGCCAACAUGAAUUCUAGCCUUGCCACGUGACUUUCCUCAGUGUCAGCCGUCAAACUGAUUAAAAAGUGGACCUUGUAGCAAAAAUACUGUCUUCUCUGACUUUAACAAAAGCACUUUGAACUGAGCUUUCUUGUUGACAUCGUGAUUUAUUGGUACUUAAGAGUACAGUUGCCUGUCCCUCAGUGUCCAUGGGCGAUUGCUUUCAGGGUCCUCUGAUGGUGCAAAGUCUGGGUGCUGCUGUCCUUCUUAUAACCUCUGCCUCCUGUGAACUUCAGACCACCUCUAGGUGGCUUACAGCAACUGAUGCAGGACAGGUGGUGUGUAAGGGGCUCUCCCCCUCUGCUGUCCUAGGGGUAACCAUAGAGUCUGCAUGUUUGGUAGAGAUGCAUUGGUUUCCUGUAUUUCUGAUCCUUGGUUGGUUAAAUUGGAGGAUGUAGAGGACAGCUCAGGAGGAUCUGUCGUCCUGUCCAGGGCCCUGAAUGAACUGAGCGCUUCAAGACCCAGUCGAUUAUUGGAGGCUUCUGUUAGGUGGUAUGGAAAAUAGGGAGGAGAGUAGAAAGUAAGCUUAAGGUCGAAAAGGAAUCUGAGCUGCUUGCUUCGUCCCAGGGAUAACAUGUAUUUGCCUUCUGGACGAGGACAGAACUGCCUGGUGAUGCACUCACCCGAGCGUUCACUGUGACUCCCACCUCCUUGACAUGGGUGGGUCACUUCUACUUCCGGUGCACAGUCUCUUCUCUGUGUAAUUCCACCCCCUUUUCUGUUGUUCCAUAAAACAAAAAUCAUAACAUAGCACAUGCUGUGAUGGGUGUUUCAUUCAGAAUUAAAUUUUCAAAGCCACCAUUUUAAACCUAGUGAAACAGUCUUUAACACACUGACUUCCAGUUCCCUCAGCUCCCCAUGUCAGCUAUUCACUGUGGCUCAUGUGGGAAUAAGCAGCCACACAGCCUGCAGCGGGCUUGAACGUGGCUGAGGGUUUCUACUGUCCUGGGUGAAGACUCACCACCUUUCCUGAUUGUCUCACCUGUCUCCAGGUGUGGAACCCUUCCGGUCCAUCCAUCGGUUGUUUGGUUUUCUCGGGUUUUUUGGUUUUUUUGUUUGUUUGUUUGUUUGUUUUUACACAUUUUUUAGAAUCUUUGCUAAAGGAACAGGAAGCUGCAAAGAGAAAGUUCGUUGUUUCCCAGCAGCUUUUUGCUGCCUUUGACUUUCUUGUUGUUCAAAAUCGUAGAUACCCAGUUUACUGAUGAGCUCCUGGGUAGCUCUUAAAAGACCUUCAAAAGCUAGGUCAGCAUCAUAGUUACAAGCUGUUUAUAUAAAGCCUUGCACCUAAAAAUUACAAGGAAUUACCCUUGGGUUUACUUGCUUAAAUCCUAGCACCUUUCUUGGUGUUUUCUUAAAAUAAUAUGAGCAGAUAUCCUACUUAAUAGUAGCCAUCAAGCAAAUCGUGGUGGCACACAGCCCUAAUCCCAGCUCUGGGGAAGCAGAGGCAGGUGGAUCUCAAAAAACAAAAAGUGGCAACCAUCAAUACUGUCCUCAAGUAGUGACUGUCCCUUUGGUGGACGAUCACCAGACCGUAGGCCUGCAGAUGUCUGAGUGCUUUAUGGUGCAAUCCUAGUUCACAAGGAACUGGAAACGAUCUCAUCCAGCCCCAUCAGGUCUGAGAAGUGUUGAGAUGCAGGGACCAGGAGGAAGGAGGCUCAACUCUGGCCUUUCCUUUUGUUUUUCCAGCAGAAUUUGAUUUCAUGUUGCCUUGGAGAACAUCUCAAGAGAGGUGUGUGUGUGUGUGUGUGUGUGUGUGUGUGUGUGUGUGUGUGUGUGUGUGUGUUUAUUCAGCAUCUUCCUCAGCUUUGUGGGCAAAAAAAGCUUUUCAUUAUAUAGAAUCGAUGGUUAAAGUGGGUUUGCUCUGAAUUGCUGCUUCUGUCUGGCGCCCAGUAAUCCACAUUCUAAGUCAUCAACACACUAUCCUCGGUUGUUCCGUCUUUACAUGCUGCGACAUCUUAUGAAAGGAGGUGGAGAAGAAAAGCUCUUGUCCUUUGGAAAUACCAAUUUGUUGAAAACAACAAGUGUGUGGCAUCUGGGGCAUCCAAACAAAGAGUCAUCUCCUGUAUUUUUAUUCCUUUUAACUCAAAAGUUGGAAGUGGGAUUUAUGAUUUCUUAAACAAGUUUAAUUAUAGAUUGAAUUGGGUCACCAGUGUGGUGUCCCGGUCGCUGCCUCUGCUUUGACUGUCCGUGCACAGCCCUUUCUAAUGUAUGAAGACUGGCUCUCUUUUGAUGCUUUACCCUUUGAAUAAAGACGGCAAACUGCUGAA